AUGAAACGUCAUUUUAUAAAAUUGAAAUAUGAUAUAAGAAAUGUAAAACAUUACCAUUUACACAAGAUAAAUAUAAGAAAUAUACAUAACAUAAUAAAAAAUGAAAGAGCUACAAAUACACAUUUAAGUGUUAAUAAUAAUCCAAGAAUGAAUGAAAAGAAAUGUGUAGAAAAUGAAAAUUUUAUAUAUUCAAAUAUUAAUAUUAUACAAAAUAAAAUGCAUAUAACAGAUGGUCAAGUUGAAAUUAAAGAUAAUAAAAUGGAUCAAGUUGAUAAUAUAAAAUAUGAAAGAAAAGAACAAGAAAAUGAACAAAUAAAAAUAUUAAAAAUAAAAAAUGUAAAAUUAUUAACGUGUUGUAUAAUUACUACUCUCUUUUUUUAUUUCACACUUAAAAAAGUUCCAGAAGGUUAUAUAUGCUUAGUUCAAAAUAUACAUGAUGGAAAAGUUAAACCAUAUAUAUAUGACGAUUUGAUGACUUUUUUUUUUAAUCCUUUAAAAUAUAAAGUUAUACAUAUGAGAAUUAUACCUAUACAAAGGAAAUAUACAAAUGUAUAUGAAACUCUAGAUAAACAAAAAAUUAAAGUAAAACUUGAAGUUAAAAUGAAACCCAAAAUACCCUUUAUUAUUGAUAUUUAUAGUUCCUUUGGCAUAAAUUAUAGUACCUCUUACAUUGAAAAAGAAAUGAAUUUAGAUUUAAAAAAUGUUAUUAAAUAUUAUAACUUAAAUACAUUACUUGAAAAUAAUCAAAAUGUUAAUGAUGAUAAUGGAACAGUGGAUGACGCAAUAGAUCAAAUUAUGGACAGAUUUUAUGAUUCAUCUAUAUUCCACAAAAUUAUUCUUAUGGAUGUAACUAUAUUAUUUGAAAAGGUGGAAUAA